GUACACAAAUGUUUACAAAUUAUUUAACACUUGUUUUGAAUUAAGUUGAGUGAUGGGAAGAAAAUUAAAAUAAAUGUUUAAUUAAAAUCUUGAUUUAAAGUAAAAAAUCUGAGUACAAUGUCAGACGAUUCAGAACUUGACGACGAACAACCCCAGUAUGAUAUUUAUCAAAAAAAGUACCAAUUAUUAUUAGAACGAUGUGAUGUUUUGCAGCAGGAUAACGAACGAUUAGUAAAUAGAUUGUAUUAUAUCAAAAAAAUGGUUAAAAGACGAAAAGUAGAAUGUAAAUUCAUAAUGGAUAGGUUAGAUUCGCAUGGGGAUGAUUGGAGAAAUGCACCAGCCCCUGAACAGGAUAUUAAACCAGAUAUUAGUAAUUUAAUAAAACCACCAACAAUAAAAGUUGAAAAAGGUAUAGGAAGUAAUUCAAAAGUAAUAACAGAUAAAUCAAAGAAAAAAGUGAAAAAGAAACCAACAAAAUCAGAAAAACCAGAACGAGAUCCAAAUGCACCAAAAAGACCAGCAAAUCCAUUCUUUCAAUUUUGUCAAGAGCAACGAACUAUUGUUAUGGAACGAUUAAAUUCUGAGUUAAAACCAGGUGAACCUGAACCGUCAAAACAAGAACUUACUAGACAAUUAGCAAUUAAGUGGAAAACAUUAACUUCUGAAGAUAAACAAGUUUACGUAGAUAUGUACGAACGUUCAAAAGAAAAAUAUGCUAUCGAAAUGGAUGCAUAUAAUUGUAAAAAUUAAAUCAAAUACAAUUAAUAUCAAUUAACAAGAAAACAAAAUAUAAUUAA